AUGGCCGACCUUACCGCCCGCAACCGUGAGCACUUUGACCAGCAUGCAUCGGAUCAUCUGGACGACUUUGGAGCUUUGAUCCAAGCAGCCAUUGACGAAAUCCAGGCCAGACGCUCCAGGAUUUCCACCAAACUCACCGAUGCCAAAACCCAAAGCGGAGCCAGCCAAGAAGUAAGACUUCUUGAUUAUGCUUGUGGCUCGGGAACAGCGACCAAGGCGCUUAUUCCAUUUGUUACUCAAGCCGUUGGACUUGACCUGUCCCAGGGAAUGGUGGACCAGUAUAACAAAUGGGCCAAGGAGCAAGGCUACAGCCCUGACAAAGUGGUUGGAUAUCAGCACGACUUGCUCGGUGAGCCUCAGGCUGGAGAACAAAGUCCACCUCCAGAAGCUCUUUCCAACUUUGACAUUGCCGUGAUUUCCAUGGCAUUACACCAUGUUUCAGACCCUGGGAAGAUGCUAGAAAAACUCGCCGGCUGUCUCAAACCUGGUGGCGUCUGCGUGGUGCUAGACAGGGUGCCCUCGGACCACAGACCCGAACUCGAGAUCGAUAUGCCCGAAGAACGGAAGAAGGUUCUGAGCACGAUCAACAAGCACGGGUUUGACGGAGAGGAAUUGCGAAAAUUGUACCAGGAUGCUGGACUUGGCCCCAAUUUCGAUUAUGUCGUGGUCGAGAAACCUUUCGAGAUCACUCUCCACAACCAUAAGCUAUACAUCAAAGGCUUCAUCUCAAGGGGUGAGAAGGAGUAA